CACAAUGCAGUGUUUGACAUUUACUCAACUGCAGUGCAGAUGGAAGUGCGAUAUGUAUAAACAAUAUUUUUGCUAUGCUUGUUGCACGAUUGUGGUUUCAUAGUUUAAUUUGGUGUUGCAGCAUCUUUACCUAAAACAGAGUUAUCCUAAGAGGUUCAUUUUUUCAGCCAUUCCCUGGAAGAUGGGCUUUGUGCAACGGGCCCUAUUCACUUGGUUCAUUCUGCUAGUAUUUUUGAUACUGCUGUGUCUCCGCCUCGAGAGCCGCAUCAAUUGGAACUGGUUUAUCGUGUUCAUUCCCCUCUGGCUGUACGAUACUAUUCUAAUCACCUGGGUCGUCAUUGAAAUCAUCCAGCGGCAGCACGCAAACCGGCUCAUCUCAUUCCGUCAUUAUGAGUACUAUGUGGCGGGAAUUCUGCUUAAAAUUGUUUCCCAGAUAGCAAUUUGUCUCAAGCUAGAGUACAACACGAUCCCACUGUACGCGAUGAUGGUCCCGAUCUGGUGUUUGCUGGCGAUGCUGAUCGCGUAUAUGGCUAUGAAUCUGCUGCCGAAACCUCGCUCGAUCGGGACCAGUAAAAGCAGCCGCCAAACGGCAACCGCAUCUUCUUCCUAGGGAUACGUCCGGGUGAAACUGUGAGUUUCGCCCUCGAAUCUCUCGGAUAGAAGAGUCUCGGGUUUUGAACGUGAGUAAUGACUGAAUUUUGGAAAAGUGUUAUUUUAUUUGCACCCACGCGGUGCUUCGUAAGUAGUAUUUUAGAAUUAAUGCUAAUAAUACAGGUGAUAAGAGGACGGAGUACAUUUACUUUUCAUAACAAAAGAAUUCCAUGUUCCACAAAAGAGCUGUUUCAUUAAUUUUAUUGUUGUAUUUUUUGAUUUGGCUCAAAUUAUUGCAAACGCAUUCUUUAUUACCAAAAAGGACAAUUUGCAGCAUAAGUUUGCCAUUUUGACAACCACCUGACCUUUUUUUUUGAGAAAAGCUUGUGCAUGCAUUGUUAAAAAAUGUGUUUUAGUUUCACUUUAUUUGGAAGAUAACACUUCAAACUAUUUUUUAAAAAAAAGUUGUCUGAUUUUUUAAUUUUUUUUUAUAUGUUGCAACGGACAACUAAUGAAGUUCAGUGUACAGUGCCCCAAAAUGGAAAAAUCAUGGACAAAAAGUUAUAAUCUCACUAUAAAAAAGGCGCUAAAAAAAAUCGUGUCCAAAAGCGCGAUGUAAAUAAUGUCUCAUACGAAAAUUGUUUAUGAAGAUAACUUUAUAUUAUAAUGAAAAAAAUCUGUAACAAUGUUUGAAUUGUCUAGUCAUAUGGUUGAAUGAAAGUC